UUGAAAAGUACAGUUUAGACCUCACGGGCAGAGCCUUUCCCUUGAGAGGGCAGAGCAGCAAGACCAAACUACUCAGCUGCCAGGCUGUAGAAAUCUUUCCCAACCACGUUGGCAGAGAAGAUAGUGUUGAUGAAGUCAUAUCUCCUGUCACCAGUGUAUCAGUCUUCAGCCGGCAAGUGAAUACACGCGGUCAGGGAAAGCCAUCUACUUAUGUGGGUGUAUUUGACUUUGACUGCUGGUAUCAUGCUCAAAUGCCAGGCUCACUAAGGCCAGAAGAAUCCCUUCAGGACUGCCCCUAUUUUGCACUGUGGUCACUGGACACCGUCACAAGCAUGACUUCUCCCAACCACAUUUUGGAUAUUGUGGUGCAGGAGCGCAGCCUAAAUUGGACAGUUCCUCCUUCUUAUCCACUACCUGAGCAGUGUUUUCAUCCAAGCACCUAUAAAUUUGAUGGCACGUGCUUGCUGAGCUCUGGAGUUGUUCAUAUGACUUGCAGCGGGUUCCGGAAGGAGGAGGAGCAGUUAGACGCGGUCUUGUCAGCUGCUGCUCAGACAGGUUCUGUAGGACUUCUGACUGGCUGCAUUAAGCUUUGGACAUGUAAAGAGCUGCCAAGUUCUGCUGCUAAUUUACAGUUUGCUCUUGACUGGACGUGGAGCAAAGUGAUCUAUACACAACACGAACUUGACGACAUCUGUGUUGCGCUGUUUGACGGCUCCUGCAGCUCCACUGACCCGCAGAGAUUACAGGCUCUGCAGCACCGCCAGUUGCUUUUGAGCUCCCUAGGAAAGGUUUGUCAUAGUUUUUACUUGACAAAUAAGCUGGCGGUGACCAGCCUCACAGCUUUGUAUGCACGAGUGGUCCUCUGGUUCUGCUGGUCCCGCCUCCUGCCCGAGGGCUCAGGUGAUGAGAUGCGUUUCUGUAGACCUUUCUACAAUUCUCCUCUGAUUCAGAGCUACUACGUGGCUCAUCGACAGAAACUUGAGUGUUUAUCAAGAGGCAAAUGGGACUCUGACUGCCUGAUGGUCGAUGGGAUGGUUUCCCAGUUGGGAGAGCAAGUUGAGGAGCUGUGGCGGGGGGAUGAAGGCGGAACUGGGAAAUACCCACCUCCUAGUUUACGGCACCCGCACCUGUAG